AUGGGAAGCGCUCAGGUGAGUCCGCAAGUCUGGGUUGGUCAGCCAAGGUAUCUUGGGGGUUUUGACCCACAGCCAUAUUGCAAAGCCCAAGGGAUUUCAUUUUGCCUUCGUGACCUUUACGACUCAGCGAACCACAUCCCGGUGCUUCCGAUUCGUCUAGCUUCAACGCAGGAUGUUCAGAAGUUGAAGUUGCCAGUGCUGUUCUUCUCCGGGGAGGAGGUGGCCACCUUGGAGGUCUCUUUGGAUUGGACGGGCCGAAGGGUGAAGCAGGCGCUGAGGCCCUUCUUGGGCAAAGGCCACACCGUCGCGACCGUGAUCCAUGAAGGUGGUGUGCUGUUGGAUUCCGAGAGCUUGGAGCGCAUCCAUCUUGCGAACGAUGCCCACCUGUACGUCACCCUGAGACAAUGCACCUUUCUGGUGGAAGGCGGGCUCGGGACGGCCCAGGGGUGGGGCCGCCAGGCGCGGCGCCCAAGCGCCCAGGCGGGUGCGGGUUCCGCCGUGGAGUGGGUUCGCCGUGGAGUGCCGUGUGGACGGUGUCGACCAUGA